GCAUUCUGUCACGGGGGGGGGGACUUGGUGUCACUGACAUCCCCAGUGACAAUAAUACAGUGAUCAGUGCUAAUAAAAAGCACUGACACUGUACUAAUGGCACUGGGCAGGAAGGGGUUAACAUGUGGCGUGAUCAAAUGGUUAACUGUGUGCUGUUUUACACUUGUUUUACUAGGGGGCGGGGGGUGUGUACUGCACAGGACACCGCUGAUCGGGAGAGAGAAACUCUUCUGUCCCGAUCAGCUUGUCCUGCAGCUGUCAGGGAACUGA